AUGGAACCCUUCCAAGUGACUAUGCCAAUUUUAAAACUCAUUCUUUGUCUACAAAAGUAUAUUAAAGAAUCCCCUGUAGCAUUACUUCAUUUUACCAAUAAUACUAUCGAGUUUCUUAAUACACCAGAUAUUAAUGAGGAUUUAAUGGAAAAUCAAAUGCCUCUUUUCAUUGAAGAUCUUCACCAGGUUGGUGACCCUAUGAAAGAGUUGUGUAAAAUCGAAGAUCAUGCUACCUUGUUCCAGCAUUAUUAUCAGUUAGGAGAAAGAUUAGCGAUGCAUGAUUGGGAUGAGGAAGUUAAAAAAAAAAUGAAAAAUCGAUUUACCUAUCAAAGUUAUAAGAAUGCAUUGAGGAUUACUCAUCAUGUUUAUAGUCUUUAUUACAUACGCGGUGCCCAUAACUUACUGACUACUUGCCAUUUAUCUGCUAAUAUUUUACUAGAAAUGAAUAUUGAAAAUUUUAAUUUAUUACUGGAAAAAGCAUGGUUAGGGAGUCAAAAAGAAAUUGAACAAUU